CAUUUAGACCGGAUUCAUGAUGUCUAUGGGAUUUAUAAACCGAUAUAUUUCGAUCGAAUCAUCGAAAGGAUUCGACUCUUAAGAAGAUUCGUUCAUACAUCAGUGGUGGCUAAAAGGCAUUCAGCGGAUUACGGACCACCUAAACAAAUUAAAUAGCAAAUAUUUACAUAGUGCGUACACCAAAAGAAAAACAUAUUAAUGGAUUAUUUCGACUGUAUCGAUGGCUUUUCGGCGUGAAAGACAAGAUCAGCUAUGAACGCUUUACUUGCCAUUUGCCACUUCUGUGAACUCGAUGGCCCAUGGACACUGUUCUGUACAGAGGCCGUCCACCCUCUGUCCCCAUCUCCUCCACAGCCUGGUCCAGCAUUUCCUGGGGAAAGGGACCGAGAGGCGGACAGAGAGGGCGAAGGGCUCACCAUGAGAGCCAACAGUUCUGCCACACAGAGAGCUGACAUGUAUGAAGUAAGGUGUCGCUCUUUACCUGCAUCUCAUCCACUGAUCUAUAUAUAUGACUAUAUUGUGGAUCAGUGGUCUCACCCAGGCUUUGUGAGUGUGGACAGUGAGAGGGGAAUCCGCCUCAGCUGUCAGUUUUGUCCUGGUCGAGAGGGGCCCAUCUUUUUUGGAGAUCAACAGCACUGUCAUGGUAGCCAUGGACAGGAUCUACCUCAUCAACUCCUGGCCAUUCCUGCUGCUAACCAUUCAGAGUCUACAGAACACAGCACUCAAGUGUCCCCUAUGUGUCCUCAGAGGACUUUGCUUAUGAACAGCACCUUCUCUCCAGCAGUGUUCCCUCACCAGCGAAGCGGCAAUGCAGCCCGCUCUCUCACAUCCCUAACCCAGCACCCCAAGGCUAGUCUGCACUCCUCAUUCAGCUGCAACAUAACGUAUGAUUCUCUCAUAGAGCAAGAGGAAGACAUGAGUGGUUGGGAUGGUGCUGAAGGGGGUGGGUCUAACCCACAGCCCAGCCAAUCAGAGAGUGUGCAGCCCAAAGAUUUUCAAUUUGAUGAUGGAAGACAAGACCUUCUUGGGCCACAGUUCAAAUCACUGAGACAUUUAAGACAAAUGGUAUUGCAUGUUCUCAUGGGAAAUCAAGUCAUAUGGAGAGGUGCAGACCCUGGUCUUAUCCAAUCAGCUUUCAAUGUGCUGAAGAUCUCCAUGCUGGUGGAUGUACUUAAUGUUGAGCGCGGUUGUGUAAAUCCUGUUUCGGAUGACGACAUUCUCUCACUUUAUCAGUUCAACAUUAGCAGUGGAAACACACAGCCAACAGAGAAAGGUCCAACUCUGUUGAAUAAGAUUGAAGUGGCUCUUUCUAAUGAGAAUCUGUCAGUGGAGGCGGUCUCUCUCUGCUUGCUCUGUCUGAAAGAAGAGUGGAUGAACAAAGUAAAAGUGUUGUUUAAGUUCUCCAUGGUGGAUGGCAGAGGUAAAGAGGACACUCAGAAGGUUUUAGCCCUGCUGGGAGCCACAGGGCCCAGGGAAGAGGACAAUGUGUGUCUUCCUAAGUCAUGGAUGACAGGACUCAUCAAGCUCUACAAGAGCCAUCUAAUAACAGCAAUUAGAGGCGGAGAGAGAACUCUGAGCCAGUGAGAGAGAGUGAGAAAAAAGGGACAAUGGACUCAUUGCCAGAGUUAGAUGAAAGGAAUGUGUGAGUGAGUGCGUGUGUGUGUUAAUUACGGGAAAAGGGACAUUGUCUGAGAAUAGCUUUUUCUCCAUGACAAAGAGAGAAAGUAAAAGCUAUCAUUGUAAUUGGAGUAGGGAUAUUCCGGUAUCAAAUUUUACUGUUGCGAUUAAUUGCUUUUUUUUUUUUUCACGGUAUACGAAAUUAUCACAGGAUUUAUAUUUAGGUCAUAAUACAGUAUAACAGGUUAAUUAACUUUUUUCUUAUAACAAAAAUAACUGAGCAUUUAAAUACAAUAAAUCAAAACAGAAAAAUAUAUAAACUUAAAAGAACUAUAAAGACCCAUAUCACUUUACAAAAAGACCUAUUUAGUUAACUAUUAACAUUCACAAUGAGAAACAGCUACAUUUGCUGGAGAAGUUAUUAAUCAUGCAUACUUGUUUACAUCAGAGCGGCACACGCGUCUUUCAAGCAGCAUACAGCGGUGUUGUGCAUUUUGACCAGUUGAUGGGAAAAGUAUUCUUAAGAAGCAUCCCAAAUACUUAAUAAUUUGUCAUAUAUAAUUAUUCACGGUAUUUAGAAGUGCCCACUAUAACAAUAUCGUGCAUAUUCAUUACCAUGAUAUAUCGCAUUACCGAAUACCGACACGUGUCUAGAUUGGAGCCUCAAAAACGUUUACUUACACACAUGCAUUUAAAUGGAAUGUUGUUUUACCAUCAUGACUAGACAUGUCCAUUUUCUGCCUUUCACUAUGUGUCUAAUAGAGCACAUGGUCCAUUGAUUUCAAUGGAACAAGGCCAAGUAUCAGUUGAUAUUAUACUGUUUGAGACUUGCCUCUUAUAUGUCUAUUAAAAUACAUAAUCACAUUUUUCUUUCCAUCUGAAUUUGUCAUUUUAUUUAUCCUUAUUUUAAAUAAAUGACUUUUACUUUAAUUUCA